GGCGAACUCGAUGUCGGGGAAGCGGUCAACCCAAUCCUUCUGAUUCGGACAGAUGAGCGUACAAAGCAUCAUUUGAGCAGUCUGAUGUGCUCUCUCCGUUUGCCCGUCCGUUUGUGGGUGCCAAGCCGAACUUGGUUUCAUUUCGGUGCCCGACUCCUUCAUGAGAGAAGUCCAAAAUGCCGACAUGAACCGAGUGUCGCGGUCGCUAACGAUGUCUUCCGGUACGCCGUGGCUGCAAAACCAGCCGGUGUGCAAGAGGCGUGCACGUUCAGGAGCCGUGGAGUAGUACUUGCAAGGGAGAAAUCGCACGUAUUUACUCAAUCGGUCAACGACCGUGAGGAUGUCGUCGUGCCUGAGGCGGUCGCGGGGAAAUGGGUCGGUGAUGUCCAUAGCAAUGGAGAGGUCGGGUUCCCGCAGGAUAGGCAAUGGGCGCAACUCGCCAUAGGGAUUGCGGUUGCGGGGCUUGCUUCCUCGGCAAACUUUGCAAGAGUCGCAAUGCCGAGUGACAUCGGUGAUGAUGUCGAGCCACCGGAAUCGUUGCCGAUGUCGUGCGAUAGUUCGAUUGACUCCGAAAUGGCCGGCGAGUCGCGAGUCAUGGUACUCGCCGAGAAGGCGAGUCCGAAGACGACAGUCUCGUGGGACGCAUAGUAAGUCCUUGCCUUGCAAGUGGAGAAGCAAAUAAACGUCGACGAUGCGA